AUUUUCUGGUAGCAAAUAUUUAUGUUCCUUGUAACCUGCCAUCAUCACAUGCAAUCAUGCCCGAUGAUAUAUUUGAGUGCCGGAUUUCGCUGCAACCGCUCACUGCAGCUGCCGUGGGGAGGGGCUGGUGUGCCAUGCCAAGCCUCGCUCAAGUGUGUGCUGAUGCUGGCGGUGUGAAGUGUGAAGUUUUGGAUGCUGGGGCUGCCUCCUCAGCACCUAAAGUUCCAAUUGAGAACAUCAAGGAAGUUCCAAUUGAGAACAUCAAGGAAGUUCCAAUUGAGAACAUCAAGGAGGAGUUGUUAGAUGCAAUGAAAAUCUCAAUUGUGAAGGAAGAACCAUCCGAUUAUGAUGAAAAGACACAUGAGCCUCCCAGCUCUAGUUGUGGGAACCCACUGGUUCCUCCUCCCCCGCUGUGUGUGCCCUGCAAGAGAGAAGCAACAAGUGAGGCUCAUGAAGCUCCCCACGCCCCCCAACAGUCCUCAUGUGCAUGUAACCUGCCAUCAUCACAUGCAAUCAUACCCGGUAAUAUAUUUGAGUGCCGGCUUUUGUUGCAACAACUUCCUGCAGCUGCUGUGGGGAUGGGCUGUUGUGCCAUUCCAAGCCUCGCUCAAGUGUGUGCUGAUGCUGGCAGUGUGAAGUGUGAAGUUUUUGAUGCUGGGGCUGCCUCCGCAGCACCUGAAGUUCCAACUGUGUGCGUCAAGGAAGAGAGAGAUGAAGCAAUGGAGAUCAUCAGUGUAAAAGAAGAACCAUUCAAUUAUGAUGAAAAGGCAUGUGAGCCUCCCAGCCCCAGCUGCGAAGACCCACCAGUCCCCCCCUGCAAGAGGGAAGUGCCUAGUGAGGCUCCUGAGGCUCCCACCGCCCCCCAACAACCCUCAGCCAUUGCGAGGGUGACAAGAGGAAAGCAAAGCGACUUGGAAGAAACUAUCAACGGACAUGAAAGUACUGCAAAGCGUGCAAAAGUUGUCAAGGACUCAGUGGCUGUUGCGGAAGGAAGCUGCCUAACCAACGAAAUAUCACUCCUACCACAAAAGCUUGGAAAUUGCGGCAAAAUUGAAAGGAUUUCCCUUAAAAACUUCAUGUGCCAUACAAACUUGAAUAUAACCUUCAGUAGCGGAAUAAAUUUAAUCCAAGGAAAAAAUGGAUCGGGGAAGAGUGCGGUCCUUAUAGCUGUUGUUGUGGGCUUAGGAGGAACCACCAACUUGAAAGACUUGGUCCAAUAUGGACGACGGCAGGCAAUUAUAGAAAUUACACUUUCUAAUGAAGGCUCGAAUGCCUACAAAUUUUCAGAAUUUGGGCAUUCUAUCAAAAUUGAAACAAGGAUUUUCUUAAAACGAUCUGUUCAGUACAAAAUUAAAGAUCAUCGAGGUAAUGCCAAAUCGACCAAUAAAGAUCAUUUAACAUGCAUUCGUGACGUUUUCGGUCUACAAGUUGGUAAUCCCGCAGUAAUCCUGAACCAAGAUGAAGCUCGCUCCAUUGCCAUUGAGAAUCCCUCAUCCCUCUACAAGUUAUUCUUGGAAGCUUCCCUCAUUCGACGUAUUUGGGAAAAAUACAUGUCGUUGCUUCGCGAUAACUACAUUUCUACUGAUAUAAAAAUAGUCGAAUAUAGACGCAAGGAAGAUUUCGAGGUGAUCUUUGCUGACACCUGCAAAUACCAUGAACUUUUCAUACAGCAUUGCUUCGCCAGGUCUCUGAGGCAUAGAAACAUAGACGGCAUCAUCCACAUCGACCACACAAAAAAACUGCUCACAAUCAACACGUGGAAGACUUGGUCAUCCAAAGUAACCUCCACUAAAGGAAAGAAGAUCAGCAUUGCCAAGAUGUCGGCCCGAGAUCGAUCUUUCAUCAAGGUCUCGUUUUUGCUGGCACUUUGGUCGACGACGGAUAGUCCUGUCCGAAUGUUGGAUGAAUUCGACGUUCUCACGGAACUCGUUUAUCGGAAUCAAAGCAUGGAUACGAUGAUUAAAGCCACCGAAAAUACUCAGCACAUUUAUCUCACGUCGCAGGACGUCAAAAUGAGCAACGACACCAAAAUUUCCAUUUUCAGAAUGCCUGAUCGGGACCGCAACGCACCACCACCUGACGAAUGAUUUUUCUUCCUGAAAGUACAAUUCGCAUCAGUCACUGGCACACUUUUACGUCAUUGCACAAAAAUUAUCUCUAGUACUGUAAACGUUCAUGUCCUCCGUUCACUGGGACAGAUUGCACGGACCGCGAACUGACUCAGAGAAGCUACGUUGUUCGUUCAUGUUAUGAAUUGCCAAAACAGGAAAACUCGCUUAAAGUAGGCUUUUUGGAAAAGCCCAUAUGAUGUCAUAGUGGCACUGGAUGAAUUUUUUUCGUUACUAAAAUAUUCAAAAUAUCCAUUAUAUAAAAAAGUGCUGCGAAUUAAAGUCGACUGGCUUUGGCUCUGCCCACUUAUAUGUUAGAGCAAGCACGCCAUUCUUGUUGAAUGUUUCGAGUUUCUUCACGACGCGCGUGCUUCUAUGAAGUGACUGAUCAUACUUGAAAUGACGUAGGUUGAUUUUUUAGAUUUACUUUCUGUUUUCUAUCGCCAUUUACAAGAGGAAAUUUGACAUGAAAAUGGAUUGAUUUUUUUUAUUCACGUAUACAUAUAAAGACACCGAUGUGGGAUAUCUAUCUCUCUGUUGUACAGCUAAGAAUCCAACAUCCCAAACUCUUCUUUUGCAGUGCCAAGCUUUGGACUUCAACUAUGAAAGAUUAAAGAUUCAGCCUCCGUAUAGUUACCUAAUUUCAAUCAUAGUUUCGCAAUACUCGUCAUUCAAUUCGAUUUUUUACGUAUGUUUAAAUGGAUUUCAUUGCCGGGAAUGAGUUCUAGUAGUCGAAACAUUCUUUGUUUCAAAUGGGUUUUUCUUUUGACACGCUGAAUUCAUUUACGUUUCGUUUUAUUUCGAAUGAGUAGGUCGCACUUAGUUGUAGUACGUACUUCUGAUGCCUCUUUGAAUUCUAAUUUGGUGAUAUACUUUCCAUCUAAAUUAUUACUCGAAUAAUAUUAUAUAUUAUUAAAUACCUUAAACCAUUUCUAACUUGCUUUCGUGUCAGUUGAUUCGGCGAUAAGUUUCACUAAAGUUCAGUUGGGCGUUUUUUAUUGAAAUAUUAUUAUUGAAAAUAAUAAAAUAUUAUUGAAAUAAUCAAGCUGACCUUAACAGUGUACAGAAGUUGGUGUCGCUUCUAGUUCACAAGGAAUUUAUUCCUGACUUGAUCCACCAUCGUCAAACUGUUAUAGUUGUUCUACUUAGCUUCUUACUUUUUUUGUUGUAUUCAGUACUUGUAUUCAUAAGAUUUCAUGAUCGUUUCUCCUUCCAAAAUUUUCUACUUCUAUAUUACUUUUUUCAUAUUCUAUCUUACUUAUGUA